AUGGUCCACCACAGAAUAAACACAAGCGAGCCCAUCCCCAACCCCCACAUCAACUUCAUCACCGCGCUCCCCAUGCCCCGGCCGGAAGACCAAGAGCGCGCCCGUCAGCUCCUGCGCGCCCUCGCCGCACAGGUCAAGCCCGUCAUGAAGACCCAUGGUUUCGUCGUGAACAGCCUCGAAGAGUAUGAGCACAACAGCGUGUUUGCGGGAAGGAACUGGGAAUCCGGGGAGGUCGUCGAGCUGGUCCUCCGUCGCCCAGAUAGCACUUUCCAGCCGACGCCGUGGCUGAUGAGCACCUUGUGCCACGAGCUAGCCCACAUUAAAGUAGGCUCACGACCUCUCAGCGUGCAUCCUUCCAUAGCUGACACAAAGUCCACCAAGCACAUGAACCACGGCCCCGCUUUCCAGGCGCUCUGGUCUCGAUUAAGAACGGAGGUCAGAGCGUUGCAACAAAAAGGGUAUUACGGAGACGGAUACUGGUCCUCCGGGACCAGACUCGCAGACGCGGCGCGGGUGCAGGGGGACGGCCUCGAAGCGGGCGAUCUCCCAGAAUACAUGGUAUCUAAGCUCCUCGACCUUCCCGGCGCGUCUCGCCCCAUUUCUGAGCCUUUUUGCAAAUUUGGCGCGAAUACCGCGCCCGGACCCUCAACCCACACCGGGGCACAGACGGCCAGGAAGCGCAGGGCAGGGACGCGUGUCACCACCGCGGGCGCCUUCGCGGGUGGCGGCCGCGCGCUGAAUGCAGACAUCGGAAACGAGGAGGACAAAAAGGCAGGCGCAGGAUUUAGGAAGCAGGCGACGAGCAAGCGUGCACGAGCCGAACGCGCGCUCGCUGCUGAGCGACGUAUCCAGGCUCUGAAAGGACACGGCAAGUCGAUCACGACCAUUAUGAGGAUGGCUCACCUCAUAGCCUUCCUCCAAUCAGAGACUCCUCCCCCCGAACUGGAGGGAGACCCUGAAGGAUCAGGCAGCGAAUCAGACGGCACCGAGGAGUUACGUGAAACAGACCAGGACCGCCGCCGUACCAUGCUAGACUCGAUGGAAAGUUCCGAUCUCGAUGGGCUCAAAUCAGGGACUUUGGAUGACUGCUGGCGCGACUUCAUACUUCCCAAAUCGACCAAGCCACGCACGGGUCCUCCUCCAGCCGAAGCCGAAGCCAACCUGAAAGGCAGGCAAACGGCGACGGCUGGCCCGUCGUCUCUUCCCGACACAGACACGCGACAAGGCACGCCAAGUAAACCAUCCGCCGCGCGAGCAAGGUCGGGCGCCCCUGCUGCCAAAAAGAGACGGGGGAUCGGGAACAUUGUUCUAGACGAGGUGGAAUACAGGAAGAAAGAAUCGCUGGGCCUCGCGGCCACGGGAAACGCGAGGACGCUUGGCAAUGCGCCGCACAACCCUCCCUCGCGCAGCGGUGGGGAUCCCGGCUGCGCGGGAUCAAAUUCGGAUGCAGUCAAUGGCAGUCGCGAGCGUAACGCCGAAUCUAGUCUUGCGUGGUCUUGCCUUGUGUGUACACUUGACAAUGAGGCCGAUCAUCUCGCCUGCUCUGCUUGUGGGACACCUAAAGGGACCCAUCACUGGGAAGGCGAUCACGCAUAG